UUUUUCAAAUUCAAGCUUCAACGCAGGCGGACCCUUCCCCAUCUCUUCCCUUGUCUCUAACAUUUGUAUUUCUCCGAACCUUCCUCUUCGUCAACAAUAUUUAUUAUCUUUCUCCUAUUCCCUUCCAAGUCACUCUUGAUUCUGCGUUUCCCAUCCAAAUCGUCCCCAUUAAGAAAACCAUUUAAUUCCCAUUCAUUACUAAUACCUCCGAAUCACACCCCCAGCUCCUCUAACCUUUUCACUAACUUUCUCAGCUUCUAUUCAUUAUCCUCACAUCAUUAUAAUAACGUUCUCGUCUUCACUUCUUAAGCGGCUUCUUUGUUAUAGUUUUUUAGCUAUGGAGUUUUUCACCAAAACCUGCGCCGUCAAGCUUCGCAGCCAUCUUGACAAGUACCUUGUGGCUGACCAUGAUCGUGAGAAGGUCCGGCAGAGCAGAAACGGGUCGUCUGGGAGGUCCAGAUGGGUUGUGGAACUAGUGGAAGGGAAGAGCCACCUUGUGCGUCUUAAGAGCUGUCAUGGUCGGUACCUGACGCCGACGGACGACCCUUUUCUGUUGGGUAUGACCGGAGAGAGAGUUGUUCAGAGCGAUUUCGAAGUGGAUUCGGAUUGGAAGUUCGAGUGGGAGCCGAUACGAGACGGAUUUCAGGUGAGGCUCAAGAGUUGGUGCGGGAAGUACUUGAGGGGGAACGGAGGGACGCCGCCGUGGAGGAACUCCGUCACGCAUGAUGAACCGCACGGCUUCUCGGCGACGAGGAAUUGGGUUCUGUGGGAUGUGGAGGCCGUGGAAUUGCCGGAGGCGCUCAACUAUUCGUUUUCAGAGAGUGUGGUGUCGUCCUCCGUUUCAGAGGAGAAUUUAGGUUCGGACCCGUCGUCGCCGAUGUCGGUUUUCUCCUUGAGUUCCUCGCCGAGACGGAAUUCUAAGUUACAGAUAAGUUCCAACAAGUUCAGGUGGGCCAUGGACUUCUUCCACAACGCUAAGGCGGUGCGCCUCCGCAGCCACCACGAAAAGUACCUCCUCGCCGAUGAGGAUGAGGAGUCCGUCGCCCAAGAUCGAAACGGAUCAUCCAAGACAGCCCGAUGGAUCGUUGAGUACGUCCCCGGCUACGACAAUAUCAUUCGCCUCAAGAGCAUCUACGGCAAGUACCUCACCGCCUCCAACCAGCCCUUCUUGUUGGGUAUGACGGGUCGCAAGGUCCUUCAGACUCUGCCACGAAGGCUCGAUUCCUCCGUCGAGUGGGAACCCGUGAGAGACGGAUCUCGGGUCAAGCUAAAGACCCGAUAUGGCCACUAUCUCAGAGCCAAUGGCGGCUUGCCGCCUUGGAGGAACUCCGUGACUCACGAUAUCCCCCAUAGGACCUCCACACAGGAUUGGAUCUUGUGGGAUGUCGACGUCCUCGAGAUUCAUGUUCAGAAACCGGCGCCUCCGCCGGUGCCCCAUUCCGAUUCUCUGGACUUCGAAUCCAACACCCCAUCGGCUCGAUCGACCAAAGCUGCGAACUUUUCCAGACAAGAGUCUACUGAUUCGAAUGUGGGUUCGCCGCCGAAGAUGGAGGGACGAACUAUAUACUACCAUGUUGCUGAGGAUAAUGGGGAUGUGGAUGAUGAAGGCGUGCAGGGUUAUUCUUUAAUUUUUAAAGGAAGUGGUGUUGGUGAAUUGACUCGUAAGGUUGAGGAAGAGACAGGGCUAGAGGGGAUCAUUGUGUGUACUCGCAGUCCUUUGAAUGGAAAGCUUUACCCUCUUCGCUUGCAGCUUCCUCCAAACAAUGUUACGAUGCAGGUGGUUUUGGUUCUGCCAUCGUCCCAAGUGGCAAAAGAUUUUGAGGAACAAGGUCUACUGUGAGAUGCCUGGCUGGAGAAUGUUGCAAUUUUGAAUCUUUUCAUAAAAAGGCUUUGUACAUAUUCAGAUUUUAUGUAAAAACGUUUAGGAUUAUGUUGGGGGAGUUCUUCUUCUGCGUUCUUUGCAUUUGUAAGCUGAACGCAUAAACUUCAAAUCAAGGAGGCACUUCUAAAGCCGCCAUUGUGAAGGGUUUAUAAUUACCUCAUAACAGCAAAUAUCGGUUCCAUUAAUGGUUUUCCUGUGGCUUGUAGACCAUUAUAUGAUGGUUACAUGAAGAUUCAGAGAGUUUUUGGCGGAAGGUGGUUUUGUAAUUUUUUUCCCUGUGCCUUAUGCUUUAUUCAAUUUAUUUGUAAGAUAACCAAUGCCAGAUGUUUUUUGUUAGAUAUGUAAAAUUUACCUUUUAUUUGAA